UUUGGGAAUAGCAGCAGCUCACCCGAAGCUGGCAGCAAAACACUUACCGCCUUUUCGACAGUAAGGAAAUCAUUUUUCACAAGAAAACCAUGCUAGUUUGCGAACCGUUCUUUCCUGAGGAGGUAUUUAUCAAUUACCAAGACCUAGGUUGCAGUUCUUAAAUUUUACAUUGGCAGAGAAGUCAUCUGUUACCUGCAAAAUGCUUGGAGUUCAAGAAACAAGGUCUGCUGGGAGUCCUAAAACAUACAGCUGUGUUGCAUGCUCAGCUACUUUUCAUAGUUUGUCAUCUCUCCUGGUUCACCAAGCAUCUCAUGCAAGUGAAGCCUCUCAUCAGCCGGAAUCAACACUACCUACUUGUGUCAGCUGCGGAAGCUUGUUUGCAAGCAAAGAUCUUCUUGAAAAACAUCACUGUGUAACGUUGCCCUCUCCAAUCAUUACCUUCAUAUGCGAUUGUGGUGAGGAGUUUAGUGAUUGCAUAGCGUUUGAGGACCACAAAAUGCAACAUGACUCAGAAAACACAGUGCAACUAGAUUUGGAAACGAGUUCUGUUGUUCCAGAAAGCAAAAUGCCAACUUGUGUCAGCUGUGGAAACCUAUUUGCGACCAUGGAUCUUCUUGAAAAACACCAAUGUGUUAAGUUGCCCACUCCAGCCUCUCCAGCUUCUCAAGCUCACCUCUACAUAUGUGAGUGUGGCAAGGAGUUUGGUGAUUUUACAACACUUGAGGAACACAAAAAGCAACAUGGCCCAGAAAACAAGAAGGAAUCAGCUUUUGAGAGGAUUCCUGUUGUCCCGGAGAAGAAAACAGACUUCAUCCGUCUAAUCUCAGACCAGGUUUUUCAUAGUCUUUCACCUUUAGCUUUCAAUGAAAAACUACUUGCACCAAUACCACCUUCUACUUCAGAAUCCGUAACAAAAAUGACAGAAUCCACUACAGACAUGGAAAGCAAUAUCUUGCAAUCUUCUGAAUUGCACUUUGUGAAUGAAGAGCAAGUGCAGACUCUUGAGGAGGACAGUGACACUUUAAACUCCUCAACUGCGCUAAAUCAUUCUUUGCACGACAAUGAGAAAUCACCAGAAUCUUGUAAAGAAUCAGAUGCAGUCAAUUCUGGUUUAAUGGAUCAAGAUUCUGGUGAAAAAAAGAAGUCAAUCCUAAAGAUAUUAGCAUCUGCCUAUAUGAGUCAUAAACAACCCGUCCAAAUGAAACAGAGGAACUUGCCCCCAAGAAAAGUCUCACCAAGAGCACCAAUUCAGCCCCCUCCCACAGUGAUUAUAUCAAAGCCUGAACCGCUGAAGAUUCAAUCAACACCAUCAAAAGAGACUGUGAGUGUGCAACCUGGAAAGAUUUUCUCAAAGAAGGGGAAGAUUAUACCUGUGACACAAACUCUCUGUCCCGUGGUGGUUCUUGAGACUCGCCAGAAACUCUUUGGCCGAGACAAUGUGGAAGGUAGACAUCAGUGCAGACUCUGUCGUAGAGUUUUCCAAGAUCUAGACACCUUGAUAAUGCAUCAUGCCUUGCAUAAGAAAGAAAGAGUUAAAUUUUGUCUUUAUUGUCAGCAAUUUGUGAUCAGUGUAAUCUCAGUUCCAGAGAACCACGUCUGCUUUAGUGCAUUUUCUAAAAAUAUUCAGCCUUUGACAGCAAAGAUGCCCCCAGAACCAGUUAUCCCUACAGCUCAACAGCUAGAGAAAAUUUUCUACUGUUCUUUAUGCAAGCGUGGUUACGCACGGAUACGCAGCCUCAAAAGGCACAACUGCCCAUGUAAAGCUCCUCUGAAAUCCGCAUCUCCUACAGUUAACAGAGUUGAACUCAAGCCCCAAACCUUAGAGAGCAGCAAUACAGUGAUGCUAAACUCGAAAAACAAUCAAAUGUCGGCACACCACGUGAAUAUUGGUGUAGGCACAGAGCGGAUAAAGGUUGAGGAGCAGCACACAGAAUUUCCUAUUGACAAAAAAAAUCAGAUUCAUUCACCAAAAACUCCUGAGCGCAGCUCUCAACCAACUGAGUCAACUAUUAACUCUGUUAAACUACCAGAAAACAUGGCUCGUAUGAAAGAAGAGGAAGAAAAGGAGAAAUUGGCUGAAAAGCAGUGGACCAUGCCACUGGAUGAUGCAGAAAUUGAUACACUAGUAGAUGGGGAGCAAAAGGAUUCAGAUGAGGAUGAUUUGGUGGACAUGGAUGAAGACGACUCUUAUGAAGAGGAUGAUGUUGUUGUAGAUUCUUCUGAGGAAACGGAAAUUGAUUCAGAUCCUCUUAGUGAAGGCUAUCAAGUGUAUAUUACUAACAAAGGCGUGAAGCGGUAUGUUUGCAUCGAGUGCCAGAGAAGCUAUUCUCGGCAGUUUACUCUAAAGGAGCACCUGAAGGUUUGUGAGGCGAGGAUUUUGAAGGACCAAACUAUUGAGAAUAAGAUAGCUGAUUUGCCUGGGCCAAUUAAAAAAUUUCCAUGUCCUCAAUGUGGCAAAUUUUUCAGCCGUAAAGAUAAUAUGAAUAUGCAUCAAAAAAAGUGCCAUGGAAAAACUGCUGUUCCAGCAGUAAGCACCAGAACAGAGCCUAAAACUCCUGUAGCUCAAGAAAACUUGUUUGUCCUGUCACCAUCCACAGAAAACAAAGCAGUCCAACAGGAGACUCCUCAAAAUACUAGCAGUAGCAGAAACUGGGGGAUAAUGUCACUUCCAUCUGUUCUCCCAAGAAAAGUGACGUGCGAAUGCGGAGCCUCGUUUACUUGUCCUCGACUCCUUUUCGAACAUCUGCAGCAGCAUGCCCAGGAGUCCUACAUUUGUCCACACUGUGGUGAGAGCUUGCAGUCUUGGAUGGAUUUUGAAGCCCAUCAGCAAUUGCACAAACAAUCUCAAAGUGCAAAUGAGCAAAGAGGUCCUCAACAGCGUCCUCAAAUAUUUCCCCCAGCGCUACCAUUACAUGCUCCAACUCGACCUCAACAAUCUUCAGAUUUUUCGGAGCAUAAACCGCCUGCUCUCUUGCCACCUCAACAUUUGAACAAUGGGCCACAUACAGCGCCACUUACUUGCCCCAGAUGCAAAAAGAACUUCAGUCAGCGCAGUUCUUUGGCAAGGCACAUACGGUUGCGUUGCACCGGUGAUCCUACAACUCAGAAGAAACACCCCUGCACUCGGUGUGGUGCCACUUUCCUCAAUCCAUUUAACCUUAAAAUUCAUGUUCAAAGCAAUACCUGUAAACCUGCAUUCAAACCAAUUCGAUGCCCAGUGUGUGUUCGUUGGUUCAGUUGUCUAGAUGGGCUCAAGAGACACCUGGUCUCGCACAGCAGGCAAGCAGUCUGCCAGAUUUGUGACCAAAACUGUCCAAACCUUCAGGCACUUGAGGAACAUAAAAGACAGGUUCAUGGCUUGAACAACAGAAUGAGGGCAGAGGAGAAUGCACCGAAUCCGUCAUCCCAACCAAGUGUGGAAAACAGUUUAACUACUCCCUUUCAAUGUCAUGUUUGCCUUCGAUAUUAUCCAAAGCUUCAAUCCCUGAAGGAUCACCUAAGGAAAGUUCAUCGGCCUAAACAGCCAAAACAAAUCAAUCUGAGUACCACAGAACCAGUCCGCAUAGGGCAGUUUCUGUGUCAGAUAUGCGGGCGCAGCUAUCCUACCAUUAAGUCUUUGAAGAAUCACAGAAGAAGGGUGCAUAAUAUUCUCGGUGCUGUGUUUCCACCAAUGAAAGGACCUGAGCAAAACAGCACUCCCGGUCAAUUUCAAUGUCACAUUUGCUCACGCAGCUAUCCUGAUGUACAGUCCCUCCGAAACCACAGGAGAAGGGUCCAUGGUAUUGUGGGAGGUUUAGACGUGUCAAAGGGGGUCACGCAACACAAUCUAUACAAGUGUCUGAUUUGCCAGCGCAGCUACCCUGAUGAAAUAUCUCUUAAAAAUCACAGGAGAAGGGUUCAUCGCAUUUUAGGCCCAGUCCCUGAACCGUCAGUAUCCACAAUAGCAACAAAUGACAUAGAAGAAGAUCUAGAUCAGAAGCCAAUACCUUUCCUGUAAAUGAAUGCAUUUAUAAAAGGUGGAUCUGCUGCCUGUGUGUUGCUAUAAAUUGGAGCAUUGUGUUAAAAUGCUGAAAAAGAAGAAAAAAGAACUGCUAUAAGGCAGCAUUUGAGUACAUUAUUCAAUUUUUAAAAAGUAGAAAGGAUUUUCAGUAGCUUAAACAUUUUUAAAGUUCAUAUCUGAUCAGUAGUGUAUCAGGUUUGUGUUGUCUUGUUGAUAUCAUUUUAAGCUUCCUCUGUAUUUCAUCGAUGCUGCCUUAAUUUAAUUCAUGUAUUAAAUACAGAUGUUUUGUUUUCCUCAGUGAAAGGGAGAUUUUUUUUUUUUUUUUUGCAAACACAGUGUAUAAAAUGUAAAAUAGAUUAGCUGACAACUGUUUUAUAGAACCCAUUGUGUAUUGUUAGUGUACUGUAAAUAAUACAUUUUGAUGUGAACAUGUUGUACGUUACAUCAAUAAACAACAGUGACACCUUUAUAA